AUGAAUGCUAAAGUGUCUGGUUUAUCUGUCAGUAAAGAGCUUCAGGCUGAAGAAGAUCUGCACAGCAACGACAACAUCAGCAGCAACAAAAACAACAUCAGCAGCAACAACAGCAGCAACAACGACAAUAUCAGCAGCAACAACAACAACAUCAUCAGCAACAACGACAAUAUCAGCAGCAACAAAAACAACAUCAGCAGCAAAAACGACAAUAUCAGCAGCAACAACGACAAUAUCAGCAGCAACAACAACAACAUCAUCAGCAACAACGACAAUAUCAGCAGCAACAACAUCAGCAGCAACAACAACGACAACAUCAGCAGCAACAACGACAAUAUCAGCAGCAACAAAAACAACAUCAGCAGCAACAACAUCAGCAGCAACAACGACAACAUCAUCAGCAACAACGACAAUAUCAGCAGCAACAACGACAAUAUCAGCAGCAACAAAAACAACAUCAGCAGCAACAACGACAACAUCAGCAGCAACAACAUCAGCAGCAACAACGACAAUAUCAGCAGCAACAACGACAACAUCAGCAGCAACAAAAACAACAUCAGCAACAACAACGACAACAACCUCAGCAGCAACAACAUCAGCAGCAACAACGACAACGACAAUAUCAGCAGCAACAACGACAAUAUCAGCAGCAACAAAAACAACAUCAGCAACAACAACGACAACAACCUCAGCAGCAACAACAUCAGCAGCAACAACGACAACAUCAGCAGCAACAACGACGACGACAAUAUCAGCAACAACAACGACAACAUCAGCAGCAACAACGACAAUAUCAGCAGCAACAAAAACAACAUCAGCAACAACAUCAGCAACAACAACGACAACAACCUCAGCAGCAACAACAUCAGCAGCAACAACGACAACAUCAGCACAACAACAUCAGCACAACAACACAGCAACAACGACAAUAUCAGCAGCAACAACGACGACGACAAUAUCAGCAACAACGACAACAUCAGCAGCAACAACGACGACGACAAUAUCAGCAACAACAACGACAACAUCAGCAGCAACAACGACAAUAUCAGCAGCAACAAAAACAACAUCAGCAACAACAUCAGCAACAACAACGACAACAACCUCAGCAACAACAACGACAACAACCUCAGCAGCAACAAUAUCAGCAACAACAACGACAAUAUCAGCAGCAACAACGACAAUAUCAGCAACAAAAACAUCAGCAACAACAUCAGCAACAACAACGACAACAACAUCAGCAACAACAACGACAACAACCUCAGCAGCAACAAUAUCAGCAGCAACAACGACAAUAUCAGCAGCAACAACGACAACAUCAGCAGCAACAACAACAUCAACAGCAACAACGACGACGACAAUAUCAGCAACAACAACAUCAGCAGCAACAACGACAAUAUCAGCAGCAACAAAAACAACAUCAGCAACAACAACGACAACAACCUCAGCAGCAACAAUAUCAGCAGCAACAACGACAACAUCAGCAGCAUCAUCAACAGCAACAACGACGACGACAAUAUCAGCAACAACAACAUCAGCAGCAACAACGACAACAUCAGCAACAACAACAGCAACGACAACAACAUCAGCAACAACAACAUCAGCAGCAACAACAAGAAUUGA